CCAUAGCCUAGCCACCUCGCUUGAGCUGUAGAUAAGGCUUCGUUUCGCCGAUAGAAGGGUGACUCGUCCGACAGCGAUUCUCAACAGUGCCAGGGUCGUGCUCGUCCUUUUCUUUCCGAAUCAACACCGUGACACCCACAACGCCUUUUUAAGAUGACGGUUCCGAGUGUCCCCCACAGCGGCCCUGUCGUCGUUCUAGCAUCAACGCGAACCGUUCUCACGCUCUCAGACGACACGCUCCUCCUCACACCUGCGACCAUCCUUAUCUCUCUCGGUACUGGGAAGAUCGUGUCGGUAACCCAGGAGGUCCUCCCAAGGAGCCUAUUUCCGCCGGAAACCCUGUACCAGGACUAUAGCCCCAAACUCUUGCUCCCGGGCUUGGUCGACGCCCACGUCCAUCUUAACGAGCCGGGCCGCACAGAAUGGGAGGGCUUCAACACGGGCACGAAGGCCGCGGCUUCCGGUGGCGUCACCACCGUCGUCGAUAUGCCCUUGAACGCCAUCCCUCCCACCACCACUCUCAUGGGCUUCAAGGAGAAGUUGGCUGCUAGCCAGGGGCAAUGCUGGGUCGACGUUGGCUUUUACGGUGGCGUCGUGCCGGGAAAUGCCGAUGAGUUGCUGCCUCUGGUGGAAGCCGGCGUCCGUGGCUUCAAAGGCUUUCUCAUCGACUCGGGUGUUGAGGAAUUCCCCGCUGUAUCGGCAAAGGACAUUGCACUUGCAAUGACGACGCUCAAGGACACGCCCACCACGUUGAUGUUCCACGCCGAAAUGCUCCCUCCCAUUGCGGCCUCGGUAGGAGACGCAGUUCAGCAGUCGGAUCCGCCAGCACAACCUGCCGGUGAGCUAGACAGUUACAGCACCUUCUUAGACUCCCGGCCUCCCGUCUUUGAGACGUGUGCCGUGGAGGAGAUCUUGUCGAUGGCCCACCUCGCGCCACAGCUCCACCUGCACAUUGUGCAUCUCUCAGCGACGGAAUGCGCCCCGAUCCUACGCAAUGCGCGCAAGAACGGCAUCAACAUCACGGCCGAGACGUGUUUCCACUACCUCGGCCUCGCGUCCGACGACAUCCCGGAUGGCGACACAAGGCACAAGUGCUGCCCGCCUAUCCGCUCGCAGACCAACCAGGACACGCUGUGGGACGAGAUCGCCGACCCGAAUGGCUGCAUCAAGACCAUUGUCUCGGACCACUCCCCCUGCACGCCCGAGCUCAAGUUGCUGCCGCCGCACCUCCAGACCAUCUACCAGGAUGGACCACGGCCAGCGAUACGCCAUUUCGAUUCCGGUAUUGACAUGACACUGCCAGAAGAAGAACAACAGAAGGAAGGGGUGGUCGCCAUUGGUUCCGGUAUCAACGUGACGCCGCUAGAAACGGAGCAAGAGAAGGAGGAAGCGAUGCAGACCAUGCCUACUAACUCCUCCAUCGACGUGUCGGCACUGCCGAAAGAGGAGCCAAAGAAAUCGGCCCUCUCGGUCGAUUCAAGCGUGGACGUGACGCUGCCGCAAGAAGAACAACACACAAAGGAAGUUGGGCACCCCGUCGACUUGACCCCUCAGACCGACCUCGCACCCAAAGGCCAAGGCGACUUCUUCGCCGCCUGGGGCGGCAUCUCGUCGGUCGGCCUCGGCCUGCCGAUCCUGCACACGACGGCGGCGGAGCGGGCGGCGCGCGGGGACGCGGCGCCGUCCAUCGUCGACAUUGUGCGCAUGUGCAGCCAGGCGACGGCGCGGCAGGUCGGGCUGGCGCACUGCAAGGGCGGGCUGCGGGCCGGCAUGGACGCCGACGUGUGCGUCUUCGACGACGCCGACGUGUGGACGCUGCGCGCCGGCGACAUGCGCUGGAAGAACCGCGUUUCGCCUUGGGAGGGCCACACCUUCAGGGGCCGGGUCCAGGAGACAUGGGUGCGCGGCCGGAGGGUGUUCCAGCUUGGUGGGGAGAAUGCUGGGUUUGUGGGCGGCCUGCCGGUCGGGAGGCCGAUCGUGGAGAGGAGGACGGAGUAGAGCACGUUUCCUAGAUGUUCUGUUCUAGGGCGUUGUGUAGCGCGGUGGUGUUUGGUUGCUUUUCGAGGUUCUGCGAAUACCCUGGCGGUCGUCGGUCCAGAUCUGGAGUUGAUGGAAUUAUGAGAGAUGGUUUGUGCUUCGAUAGACUUUUAUGGUAUUGCGUUGAUUUGCAACACUUUGUG